CCACGGCGGAACUACGGUUCCCAGCCAGCCGCGGGCUGGGCCGCGGUGGGUCGGGCUGUGCUGCGCCGUGCCCGGCGGGGCGCAGCAUGGAGAGCCCGGCGGUAACCUUCACGCUGGCCUACGUGGUGUUCUCCGUGUGCUUCGUCUUCCCGCCCGAUGAGGUGCGGUCGGCGGGGCUGACGGUGCAGAGCAUGCUGGCCGCCUGGCUGGGCAGCGAGGAUGCGGCCUUCGUGCAGUACCACCUGCGGCGCACCACCGGCACGCUGCUGGCGCACUCCCUCUUGCCCCUCGGUUAUUACCUUGGUAUGUGCUUUGCUGCACCUGAAAAACAUCUUUGCUUUUUCUACCUGGCUUCAAAAGGAUGGAAAACUUUCUUCUUCUUCGCUGUUCUCUUUCCAGCAGUCACCAGUGCCCUGGCAUAUUACUGGUCACGGAAAGGUUGGAAUAAUCAUCCGUUAGCCCGAACACUCGCUGUUUAUGCUCUCCCGCAGUCGGGUUGGAGGGCAGUAGCUUCUUCCAUCAAUACAGAAUUUAGGAGAAUUGACAAAUUUGCUACUGGAGCCCCAGGAGCAAGGGUGAUUGUCACGGACACAUGGGUGAUUAAAGUGACCACCUACCGUUUACAUGUUGCUCAGCAGCAGGACAUUCAUUUGACAGUGACAGACUCCAGACAGCAUGAGCUCACCCCAGACUCAAAUAUGCCUGUGCAGUUCCUCACCAUCCGUGUUGCCAGUAUAAAUCCCUACGUGAAGGCAUUUGAUAUCCGGUUGAACUCAACAGAGUAUGGGGAACUCCGAGAAAAGCUCCGUGCUCCCAUCAGCAAUGCAGCUAAUGUUGUGAUUCAUCAAAGCCUUAGUGAUUUAUUUCUAGAAACCUUUACAUCUCUGGUGGAAAUAAACCAGACAUACUCUGUUCCGAGCACCCAGGAACUGGAGCCAUGCAUAGGGUGUAUGCAGACUAUUGCUAACAUCAAGCUCAUCAAGAACUGCCAGGAGCCAAGUGAAGGGGAGUGUCAGCAGUGCUACUGUCGUCCUAUGUGGUGCCUCACCUGCAUGGGCAAAUGGUUUGCCAGCCGACAAGAUCAGCAGCACCCAGAGACGUGGCUGUCGAGCCAAGUGCCUUGUCCAACUUGCCGAGCCAAAUUUUGCAUUUUAGAUGUUUGCAUAAUACGAUGAGUCAUAAAUGGGUAUGUUUUAACUUUUUAAACUUCAUUAUUUCUGAGUGCGUUUGGUUAAAAGACCUGUUAUAUUCGUUUCUGAGACUUCAUGUUCUACAAAGGUGCAGGCUCCAAAGCUUUCUUUUACAGUGUUAAAAACAGAUGUAAAUCUUUUCAAUUCCUCUCAACUUUUACUUGUAUCUUUGGGUUUUAUUCUCUAGAUGUCAGUUUAUGGAAUUUUAUUUAAUCCAGACUUUGAUUUCUUCUUGGGUUGAAUAAGGAUAUACCUUUACAGUUAGAGUACUGUCCUCUUUUUUAGGUUUCAACGUAGGUUAAAUUCUUUCAAUUUUUAAACUUAUGUUUUUAUUCUUUAAUAAAGGGCUGAGAAAAAUACUUUGGUUAGACUUCAUUGAUACUUGUGUUCUUCUUCAGUCUAUUUGUAAAGUUCUUAUUAAUCUUUAGAAGUAUUCACUGAAUAAGCGUACCAGUUGUGUUCCUUGUGCUGCUCCCCUCCACUAAGAAGGGGGACCAUUUUCUGUAGGCUAAGGAAUUUAAUCCCUGAAGAUGUAUAACUCCCAUAGGGACCUUUUAUUCCAGUAAUCUGCUUCUGGCUUAUGUUUUUAUGGAUGUAUUUAUUUCAGACAACAGAAGGAGUUGAAAACAUUCCCCAUUUACUUACACUGCUAAUGCUAUGCUUUGUGAAAUCUGUUGGUUGCUAGAAGCUGCAUAGCUUAGGGUUUCAAUGCUCUUUAGGUGAUGGACUUGGGUUUUUUUAUACAUUUAAAUAGAGUGCAGCAAACAUCUGAACUGUCUAAAUACUCUGAAGGAAUGCUCAGCUGUUCCAAAGCCCAUAAGCUUUUUGUGAGGUGUAAUUUUGCCUCUAAAAUUGAUGCCAGGAUUACAAAGGUAGAAGUUGACAUGCUAGAUGCCUGAAGAAUGAUUAUCAUUAGCAAAAGGUUUUUGGGCUUGCAAUUCCAGGACUGACUGUAAGCAGUAGUUGCUGGUUUUAGUAUUCAUUGGGUACUGAUACACACUUGAUCUGAUCUGCAUGAGAGUAUUCUGAAAGUUAAACCCAAAGCAUUUUCAAUACAUUUAAGAGAGCCUUACUCCUAGAUCUAAAUGUAGUACUUAGUCUUCUAGCUGUCCAUCACACCCUUAAGUGAACAGUUCUUUGGUAUACUUCAUGGGGGAAAGCCUCAAGCUGCUGGAGAAUAUGUGAGUUGUAACACUGGCCUAUGCACUGCAUGGGCUGAGAUGCAUGUAUUUCCUUACUUCGGUUGUCCAUCUUAGCAGGCUGGUAACCUCAGGCAGACAGUUGGGUCAAAUAGAGAAAGGAAUGUUUUUAUGCUUUGGUCUAAGAGAAUAAAAGCCUAAGAUCUUUCACCUGCAUAGUCAGAAGGAUCACCUCAGUAAAUCGCCCAUUGUCUUGCAGAAAGUCCAUCUCCAGCUUUUUUAUAGCCCUCGCCCCCUUAGGUAUUGGCAAGUGAUUACAUGAAGACACCUUGACUGCCAAGAUGUUUUGAGCAGGAAACUAUUUUGAGCAGGCACAAGAGGCAGGAUGUUAAAAACUGUACAAGCACAGGAAGCAGAAGCAUGAAAGAUGUCAUUAGUCUCAGCCAAGCCACAGGUCAUGUGAACAUACCAAACUGCUCUCAGAGCCAGCCAGAUGGAAAACAGUUAUGAAUGUGGUUGCAAGCAUUAUUUUGGAGAGGGAUUAGGAAUUGAGAACAGAUUUGACAGCAUCAUUUGAGAUAUGUUCUAGUGUUGGUGUUUUUCAAUAAUACGCACUUUUAAAAGUUCAAACUGUUUGGGUUCAAGGACAUGGAAUUGCUUGAGGGUGUCUCAGUUGUUACAUACUGAACAUCAACUAUGCAAUUAUCUGUAGUAGCUAUUAAUAACGGUGAUUUUUCUAUUUUUCCUACUGUGUUAUUUUGGAUUGUGUAGAGUGAAAAUUUGACAUGAAACUGAUAGUAUGGAUGUGUCUGUUUCCCAAAGAGAUCUUAAGUGGCAUGGAUAGGAUUGCGUUCCUGAGUUUCAGAUGGAUUUCUUGACAAGCCUGAAAACUGAAAAAUCAAGGAACUGCUCUGUGAUUUAAUUCAAAAUAUUUUCCAGUACUUCUGUCUGUGGGAAAGUUAUUUGGAAGUUUGAAAUGUUCUCUGCAGAGUUUUUUAACCUUGAGAAGAUUCUUACAGGGCUGGGUGGUGUCAUCAGACGUACACCUCUUCACACGCAGCAGCCUUUACAAACAAGCAUUUUGAACCCAUUACUUCUUGGGAGUUUACAUAACGUGGUACAGAUAGAAAGGAUGUUGUCCUUGAAGUACCUGCAAAAGAGAGGGUGGGAUUCUGGAGCUGUGGUUUUGCCACUGACAGUCAUUCAAUUCCUAGAGCUCUUCUCCUAUUUGGAAUAAAAAUAUUUAUUGUAAGCAUCCAUGAAGUUAAAGUUGUAAAGGCCUUGAGAAACUUGGAUAAUAGAUACAGGUAAUUGCAAAUGGUUUCAUACAAGAAAAACAGGUCUGUUUCCAAUAGUAUUUCACGUAAUACAAGCUUUAGUCUGCUGAUUUCUUGUGCUGUGGACUUGUUUUUGCAGAAAUCUACUUAGAAAUAAUUGGAAGAUUUCAUUUCGGUGGAACUUUGCUUUUACUCAUCUUACUUCUUUUGCCAGUGUAGCAGUGCAAGAAAGUAACAGCCAUAAAUGUAUACUACGCUUGCAUCUUUUAAUGGUAGUGCUCUUACACAGAAGUGCCUCUUGAAACAUAGUAAUAAUUACCAAAACCAAAUUAUGAUUUAUGUUAAUAAUAGUGCCUGGCUUAAAUUCCUUAAAAUAAACAUUUUUUCCCCAAGUUUAAAUUCUCAAUAUGAUCUGGCAUGCCUCCAAAGUUUGUAAGCUUCUUCAAGGCUGUGUUAAAAACCCACCUUGUUAAAAGUCCAUAUUUGUAGACACAGCAGAGGGAUGAACUAUGACCUCUCCCUGCAGAGUAAUGUGAUAAAUAUCUUGAAUAAAUCACUGAAUAUGAAAAUAAUACGAUAUAAAAAUAGACAUUUAUCUUCAUGGUAGUUUCAGAUCAUCAUCUAAAGAGCCUAUAUACGUAUAGGACUGUUUCUAGACAAGAUCUUUACUUGCAGUAACAAGAACUUCAUUUUCUUAAACACAAGGAGAGGGUUUAGAAUUGGUCUUUUUAUAGCAUUUUUGUAAGGAAAAAAAUUAAGUAGUGUGAUGGGCUAAAAUACAUAAAGAAUUUUCUUUAAUUAUCAGUGAUUUAGUGUUGCAUUUUCAGCUGUGUAUAUGUUUUUCCAUGUCACUGACUUGUGGGUAAGAAAUGUUAGUAAUCUGAAGUACAUUACAUAAAUGUAAUGUCAUUACAGUAAAACAAUCUAUAUGUGGGUGCAUAAUGUCAGUAUAAAUACACCGUGUGUGUAUACAUGUAGAGCCCAAAUGUCCCCAUGUGCUGCAGCUGAAGAGGUGUUCCUAAAAACAUGGGCUGUGGCUUUAUUAUUUAUUUCCACAGUUGUAUCAUUUCUGUAAUUGUAGCAUUCCAGAAAAUAUUGGCAAAAUAUUAUCCAUUGGUUUUUUCAGGUUCCCAUAGUUUGCUAAACAGAGAAAAAAAAAGGCAUUUUGACCAAGCAGAAUGUAUUUUGAAUCCAUUACAUGAAUGCAGUCCUUUCCCACAAGGCUUGUCAUAACUUUAAACAAAAAUACCAAGUUAUUAUAUUAUUUCUUCAGUAUAUUUUUAUUGGGUUGAAACUUGGUAAACUGCAGCUAUGUACCGUUCCAGUCAGGCUACACCUCAGCAAGACAUAACUGACUGAAGUUCCAUUUGCCGUUUCUUAAGAGAUGUUGACUUUGAGGUAUUUAAGGAGUUGAGGUAUAAAUAGUCAAGCUUUUACAUGCAUUACAAUAAACUUUCUUCCAAAGAUACAUCACAGGGUUUGUUGUUUUGUUCUUGGUUUGUUUUUUACUUUUUAUCAGGAUAGCUAACCUGUUUUAAAACACACAGAAUUACUUGGAUAGCCUUUAAGGAAAAGGCUUAAUGAAUACCUGUAGUUAAUCUUAAAAGUCUCUGAAGAGCUGAAUAAAAAUACAAUUGAUUUUA